CGUCGCUCUGUGAGACCAUCCAGCUACGCUUCACGUAAGAUGGCAAGACUAUCUUCUGCUCAAGACUACAAGAGUCUGCUCGACAAAUACGACACCUGGCUCUUUGACUGCGACGGCGUGCUCUGGCAGGGCGAUCGCCUAGUCGACGGUGUGCCCGAGGCUCUCAACCUCCUGCGUACGCACAAGAAGCGCAUUCUCUUCGUCACGAACAAUGCAACCAAGUCGCGCAAGAGCUACAAGAAGAAGUUCGACCAGCUCGGGCUGGAGGCCCAAGUCGAUGAGGUCUUCGGGUCCGCAUACGCGUCCGCCGUCUACCUCUCCACGGUGAUGAAGAUGCCGAAGCACAAGAAGGUGUACGUCGUCGGCAUGAAGGGCCUCGAGGAGGAGCUCGAGGAGGAGGGCAUCCAGCACCUCGGCGGCACGGACCCCGCAGACAACACGCUCGCCGAGUUCCACCUGAAGGACUUCCAGCCCGACCCCGACGUCGGCGCCGUCCUCUGCGGGCUCGACACGUCCGUCAACUACACCAAGCUCUCCAAAGCGUUCACCUACCUCCGCCGCCCCGGCGUCGUCUUCCUCGCGACGAACAUCGACAGCACGUACCCGAGCGCGGACGGGCUCCUCCCGGGGGCGGGCGCGAUCAGCGCGCCGCUCGCCUGUGCGCUCGGCCGGGAGCCGCUGAGCAUCGGGAAGCCGGCGGAGACGAUGAUGGACUGCAUAAAGGCAAAGCACCAGUUCGACCCCACACGGGCGAUCAUGGUCGGCGAUCGCCUCAACACGGACAUCGAGUUUGGCAACCGCGGAGGGCUCUCCACGCUGCUCGUGCUGACGGGCAUCACCCACGAGUCGGAGGUCGUCGGCCCCCACGCAUCGACCACGGUUCCUACCUACUUCACGAACUCGAUCGGCGACCUACGCGCUGCGAUCUCAUGAUGGGCGGAUGCUGUCGAGUCUGCGGAUGGAUGCACGAAGCUUACCAGAAUAGACGCAAUGUAUGUAUAGAACGUGACAUACUUAGAGGAUGUGCGAUGGGUAAGAGGACUGGGUUUCGUCCUAGGUCGCUCUAUUUCAAGCGAAUCGGUCA